GUCUUCCUGGACUUCCAGACAACUCACCACCAUGCCGCCGACGCGUCAACCGCCGUACUUCCACAUCCAUCAGGAUCGGGUGACCGUACCCUCCAAUUCCUCCCCCAGCAGGAACACCAAACCUCGUCCUCAACUUCAACCAUCCGCAAUGCCUCUACAAGAUAUUCACAAUCCUCCCUCGCAUUCGACCCACCAUUCUCAUCACUCCCAUCACAGUCCGGCUAUGGUAUUCAGCACACCCAUGGCCUCUGAGCACCCUGCAUCCCCGAUCAAGAAUGAUAUGCAGGCCAUAAUGCGUGCAGAGAACUACUAUGCAAACAUGAACUAUGUUUCAAUUCCCCCUCCACAUACCGCCCCUGCAGUCUACGCCGGAUCCCCAAUCAAGCGAGCACCCAUGCCACUCCCACAACAAUAUCGACCCAACUCCCAAAUGCUACGGCCGCAGUCAAUGUUCACAACGUUCAACAGCAACUUCGACCCCUAUGACCAGCAAAACCUCCAUCCAGCUUCCGCCACACACGAAAAUUUUGUUGACUUUCCAGAACCAUCCUACGUGGGAAAGCAGACGCUCAAGCGAUCAUAUUCGGACGCUCAAGUUCCAAACGCUCGACCCUUCAAAAAGGCAAAGGCUGACGAGGAUGCCACAGCGGAGAUCCCUGCCCCAGAAGACAUGCCUCUAAUCGUGGAUGAUGGCAACAAGCCAAAUUAUAGCUAUGCUCAGAUGAUUGGCAUGGCCUUGCUCAGAUCUCCUACUCGAAAGUUGACACUGUCUCAGAUUUAUGACUGGAUCUCAAAAACCUUUUCCUACUAUCGUGAAGACACCAAACAGAGUUGGCAUAACAGUAUCAGACACAACCUUUCAUUGCACAAAGCUUUCACCAAGAAGGAGAGACCAAAAGGCGACGCCGGAAAGGGUUGUUAUUGGAUGAUCGAAGAGGGCAUGGAAGGUCAAUUCUUCAAAGACAAGAAUCGUCGUGGAAACAUGUCGCAUGUGCUGGUCCAGCCAGGGAUGACACGAUCGGAAUCUGUAAAGGUCCCACAGCCUGUCUCCGAUGCCCUGGCACCGAAUCAAUUCAUCAGUUUGCCCAGUGAGCCCCCACGGCCACAGACAGCUCCUCCUCUGCCCGAUCUUUCAUCGGAUGCCACUGUUCCUGCCUCGGACCCUGCACUCCACGAAAAUGACAACGAGACGGUAGAGCUCGAUGAUAGUGUGCUACCGACCCAACCGAAGUCAUCUCCUCCUGACGCCAUCAACUCGUCACCACCCAUGACCACUUCCAACCACCAUCGUAAUAUCUCCUCUCCUACUGCGCGAAUGCAAAAGCCAUUGUCCGGUCCACGACCAAGACGCGUAUUGUCCAAGGUGGACGACAGUGGAUACUUCUCAUCUAUCGAAUCAUCCGCAAUGCGCCCUAAGACUGCCUUCGUGCUGACCUCUGAGCUUGAUACGGAGCAUGGAAGGACAAAGCGAGAAGGCCGUGCCGAAAACGAGAUUCGACGUCUCCGAGGCUCGUCUCACGAUAUGACCCCGAGCCACAUCAGGUUCAUGGUUCCUGCACAAGAUGGUCAGCAAUCCUCUUCUCCCGUGCGCGUCAGUCCCAAUGUUUUGGUCAAUCCUAUGACUCCUGCAGUGCGUUUCAAGAGACCCCAGCGACCGCCCCCUUCUAUCUCUCCCAACACCCAGCUACACUAUCAUCGCAAAGCCAUGCAAGACUUUGCAAACUCUCCCAUGAAGGGCUCCGGCAUGUGGGUCGGCAGUGGUAGCCCAUUUGUCUUUCCACCAGUCGUGCCCUCGAGCCACAUUGAGGAUUCCAACUUUGAGAUUUUCUCUGACCCCGUCAAUGUCGGAACCCCGUACACUCCUGCGUUUUCCUCGCCUUUGAGACCUGCGGAUGACCGGAUGACUGGCACACGAGCCAUCGUGUCAAAUGCGCUGGUAGACACCGCCGGAAAUGCACAAAAGGCGUACAGCAAAACUCCAACACGCUCAAGCAUGCUGAAAUCCAGCUUGCAAGCCUCGUUCACUGGCUCCCCGUUUGGGGCACCAAUUGACAAUGUCAUCAAGAGCUACGAGCACACCGACCUCUUUGACUUCAAUUCUUUCGAAAAUGACAGCUUCGAUAAUGACGAAGAAUUUGACCUGACUCAGGGCUUUGGAAGAAUUGGAGAAUCGUCUAUUCAAUCUUCUGGUACACAUCACGUUCAGCGACCUUCACUGGGAGGUCGGAGCAAUACUUCUUUGUUUUGACGUCAGCUUGAUGUCUCGCGCACCAAAAUGAUGCCUACAAUGGCAAAUGAGGACUUUUUGAUCGGGG